UAUUUAAUUUUAUAAAAAGAAAAUGCGCAUAGUUUUCUUUCUUUUGUUCGGCUUUCUCGCUUUAACCGCCGCCAAUGAAGCUGAGAACCUGGGUGAAAAUGAAUGGGACAUAUCAUGGGAAGAGGGACAGGAUCGUGGUUUGAUCCUCAACUCGCAAGCAAAAAAAGCGGUAAGAAACUUUAUGGAGCAAAUGCCUUGUGGUUGGCCUGAUCUGGGCAUUCCACCGCUAGCACCAUACACUAAUGCCGAGCUGAACCUAGAAUUAUCAAGAUCAGUAGUUGACUCCAUACUCCAAUUCAUCCGCUUCCGCUUCGAUGGUUUGGACCGCAUGGACAUCAAGAAAAUGAAAGUUAGCUACACAUUCAAAAAGAGGGUUAUCUACCAUUUCGUCUUCAAGGAGUUGAAGGCCACCGCUCAAAUCUACAACACGGACACAUUCGUUGACAUGAUGCGUAGUUUGGGCAUGUCAGUGCGUUAUGAGGGUACGGGCCCAUUGAAAUUCGCCUUACAGGAUCUCUCCAUUGAGGGUAGAUUCAAAUAUAAGAUGCCGCUCUUCUGGGGCUCCAUCAAGAUUUACAAUUUCGAAGCUAAGGUCACUCUCGGUGGUGUAAGCUCAAGUAUUGGCGGUAUUUUGGGUGAUGGCAAAUUUAAUCGCUUCCUCAACGAUAAGAUCGAAAGUAUCAUCCCCGCCUACAUCAAUGGCAAUCAAAAUGAAAUUAGCGAGAAAAUUGAAAGCACUCUCGUGCCACGCAUCAAUGCUUACCUCAAGGGUCACAAAAUUUGGUGGUUGUUGGGUCAAAUGACAGGCUCCAGUAACAAGUGCUACCCAACGCCAGCACCAUGGUUGGCUCUGGAGUAGUGCUUGUGCUAUUUGAUUUUGUGAAAUGUGAAGAAAAAUAAAGGAAUUAGAAAUGUA